AUGACCGCCCGCUUGGUCUUGGUCAUCGGUGACCUGUUCAUCCCCGACCGAGCUCCCGACCUUCCGGCCAAGUUCCGAAAGCUCCUCACACCCGGAAAGAUCGGUCAGAUCCUUUGUUUGGGUAAUCUCACCGACCGCGAGACCUAUGACUUCCUCCGCCAGGUAGCCCCCGACCUGCAGAUGGUCAAAGGUGACUUCGACGUCGACUCUCCGAACCUCCCGCUCUCCAAGAUUGUCAACCAUGGCAGCCUGCGCAUUGGCUUCACACACGGCCACACCAUUAUCCCACCAGGCGACGCGGAUGCGCUACUGAUCGCAGCCCGGCAGAUGGACGGCCGCUUCUUUAUCAACCCGGGCAGCGCGACUGGUGCCAUGAGCUCUGGGUUCACCCCUGAAGGCGAGGAGCCUACGCCGAGCUUCUGCUUGAUGGAUAUUCAAGGAGAUGUGCUCGUGCUGUACGUCUAUCAGCUGAAGACGGACGCCAACGGAGUUGAGAACGUGUCAGUCGAGAAGGUCUCGUACCGUAAGAACCACGCUCCUGCUCCUACCCCUGCUGCUGCUGCUGGCGUGCCUGCGCCUGAAUCUUGA